GGGAAGAAGCAGCCAUCAGCCAUGUCAACAUACAACUACUACUAAGAAAUCCUUCUUUACUUCAUCGCUCAAAUCUACUCUCUUUAUAUAUUAUUAUUAUUAUUAUUAUUAUUAUAUAUAUAUAUAUUAAUCAAAUUCAAUAAUAAAUUAUUGUUUGUUUAUAUCAAUCCGUCCGGGCAUGAUUUUCUGGUUUUCAAUAUCUUCCAGUGAAGGCUGUGUUUGUUUGGUUUGGUGAUUGCUUCCACUAAUUAAUCUCCCAAUUUAGUCGUUGAGCUCUCACUCUCUCUUCCGGUCGUUAGUUCCCAUUCGUUUGGUUGACUCUACUUUAAGCAACCUCUUCUUCUUCUUCUUCAUCCCUUUUAGUUAGUGUCCAAUGGAGGGUUUUGUUUCUUUCUGCUAUUGUGCUCUUCAAGACCGGUCUUUUCUGGAACCCAAUUGGAGUUGAAUCUUGGUGUUGCUGCUCAUCGCUGUUGUUUGGUUAAGGGAGGUGUUAUAUUGAUAUGGUUACUUGUAAGAAUUUGGGUUUUUUGUUUCUUCAUAGAAAGAGGCCAUUAGGGUUUGUUCUUCGAGUUGUUUUUGGGUUAUGGUUUGGCUUUGUUGUUCUUCGUCCGGUGGCUGGUGUUAGACCAUUGAAGGAGCGGACACGGUCUUGGGGCGAUGAGUGGCUAUUCAUUAGAAAAGAUGAAAAUGAUUUGGGUCCAUUUUCUGCAUGGAACAUAACAGGAACUUACAGAGGGACUUGGAAAUUUCUAGAUUCAACAAAUAGCUCCUCCAGGUUUCCAGAUUUCAGGAAAUCCAAUGGAGAAUCUGUCAUUGAAUUAGUCAGCACCCCGACAAAAAUAACUGGUGUGCAUUAUGUCCAGGGUGUUAUUAUUUUCCAUGAUGUAUUCGACAAUGCACAUAAUGCCGGUGGUUCACAAAUCAGGGUGGAAGGUGUAUAUAUAUGGCCUUUUAGACAACUUCGAAUGGUAGCUAACAGUGGGAAAGAGGGAGAGUUGAGCCAAGAAGAAGAUUAUAUUUUAUCCAAUCCAUAUCAUUUGCUCGGAGUUUUCUCCUCUCAAGUGUUCCAAGAGAAUCCACAAGAUAAAGUUGGGAGAAGAAAAAAUUCACCAAUUUACGAGAUGGAAAAACAUUGCAAUAUUGAAAUUGCUGCCCAGAUUACUCAUGCCUCAUCCAGCCAAAAUGAUGGAGAUCAUGAUCGUUAUCACAUAGAAGGAUUAAUGGAGAGUCCUGCUGUGGAUGAUGAUGGGGAUUGCUUCUCACCUUUACUAUUAAAUGCUACUUCUGUCAACAUUGAAGUCUAUUAUAAUAAAGCAGUGAACUAUACCUUGAUGGUCACCUUUGUAUCUUUUCUCCAAGUUCUUUUGUUGAUUCGACAAAUGGAACAUAGCAACACUCAAUCUGGAGCUGCGAAAGUUUCAAUCUUAAUGAUCGGACAGCAGGCUAUCAUGGAUGCUUAUCUUUGCCUUUUACAUCUCACAGCAGGAAUUUUAGUUGAAUCCUUAUUUAAUGCUUUUGCAACUGCUGCUUUUUUCAAGUUUGUAGUCUUCUCAAUCUUUGAGAUGAGGUACCUUCUUGCUAUAUGGAAGGCAAGCAGGCCUACAAAUAGCGGUGAAGGUUGGGAGACGAUGAGGCGUGAGCUUUCAGUUCUGUAUAGUCGUUUUUAUGGGAUCCUUUUGGGCGGCAUUCUGGUCAUGUAUGAGUUCCAUAAUUUUCUAAGACCAAUCCUGCUCCUGAUGUACUCCUUUUGGAUUCCUCAAAUAAUCACAAAUAUUAUUCGCGAUUCAAGAAAACCUUUGCACCCUCAUUAUAUCUUGGGCAUGACCGUUACUCGGCUGGCGAUCCCAUUAUAUAUUUUUGGAUGCCCUAACAACUUCAUGCGCAUUGAACCUGACAAGACUUGGUGUACUUGUUUAAGUGUAUUUAUUGGGCUGCAAGCAUCGAUCCUUCUUCUUCAACAUUAUCUUGGUUCUCGGUGGUUCAUUCCUCGGCAGAUACUACCUGAGAAAUAUAGCUACUAUAGAAGGUUUGAUCAAGCUACAAAUCAGGCUAUGGAUUGUGUCAUUUGCAUGACUUCAAUUGAUCUCACUCAGCGUUCUAAUGAUUGCAUGGUGACUCCAUGUGAUCAUUUUUUCCAUUCCGGUUGUUUACAAAGGUGGAUGGAUAUCAAGAUGGAGUGCCCAACUUGCCGGCGUCCAUUGCCACCAGCCUAGGGAGAUUACUUCACUUCUGUUUAUAUUACAUAGGAUUGAUUGACAUUGCCCGACUGUUAAUCAUGGUAAUGACCUAAUGCAAAACCUUGAAGUACUUCUUACUUUACUUUUAGGUCGAGAUUCUUAAGAUGGAGUUUUGGUCAUCUGUGAAGUGAGAUGCAUUUAUUUACUUAUUUGGACCAUUUGGAGACCCCUUGGGCAGGCUAGCAAUAGAGGCUAGUCCUUUUCUGUAUUUUUUCCUCCUGUGCAGCAUUCGCAAUGCUAAGUUUCAUGUAAUUUGAGCAAAAGACUGAUAAUGUAAUCUGUUUAGCUCCCAAAUAAUUUCAGAUCAAGUGAUGCCUUAACUUUUUUUUUUUC